AUGGGUCAGUAUGGAGAAGUCAGAAACUAUAAGAGAUAGCAAAAUCUGUUCUUAGGAACCAUGGCUUCGAUUUUAGAUUCAAUAAUAAUGGCAUUCAAUUUUUUUUUUAAAUCUAUCAUACAUAACCUCAUACAUAUCAUACAUAUCAUACAUAACAUCAGUUGCUCGCGCGCAUUCGGGUACGACGGGUGUGUGCACUUAUCGCUGCACUACGGUAGUGGCCGCUAAAAAGAUGUCCACUUUGAAGUGUAAUACGUGUAAUAUAGUGAUAGAUGAAUUAUUAGCUUAUAUUCAGAAUAAACUCAGUGUUUCAACGGAGGAUACUCUAGUGCGAAUAUGCAAGUCGUCGUUCUCGUCAAUGGAAAUCAAGACGUCAAAAUCGUUAUUAUUUGAAUCCCUGCCUAUCAAUAAACGCAAAAUCUUAAGAAAAGGCGAAGGCAGAGAACAACGUGACUUAGAGGACAUUAUAAGUGUGUUCAAAAAUACGGAUCCUGAAUUUAUGCCUAUAUUUGUUGCCCGUGAUCUGGACAAGUUGCCGCCUCUAAGCUAUGAUCACAUCGACGUUUCAAAGCUAUUGAAAGACCUACUGAAAGUCCAAGCUGAGGUUGCCGACAUGCGAUCUAGGUUUGCAACAGCCGAACAAGUACAGGAGAUCAGACAUGAGCUCAAUAAUUUAAGGUGUACACCCGCUAUUAUGGACUCGUACUGCAAUGUAAACAAACGGCGCGGCGCUUAUCUCGAUAGCGGUCCGACUGGUUUUACUCAUCUCGAUGUUACCACCAAUAGUCCACAGCAGCCCUCAUGUCUGCAUAGUAAUAUUUCAGCUCGAGAAACACAUAAUGAUAGUCUGUUGCAAAGCCAAAUAUUGUCAGCGAAUAAUGAUUGCAAUUCACCGUGCGCCAAAGAGGGUACACCUGAGCGCCGCGAUAGCAUAGAUGCAGCGACGGUUGAACUUGAACCCGCGAUGACGUCAUCGUACGAGAUAACUACUAAGCUGACCGCUGGAGUAUGUUUACCUGUUAGUAACAGCAAUGCGAACAGCGAAUGCACUUUUAUAAAUAACAAGACUAAAUUGUUGGCGGACGUCGUUAAGACGACAGUAUCUAGUCGAGGUGCAGAAAAAAGUCCUGAGCUGAACCCGAAUGAGUGGAAGAAAGUUGAGAGCCGUAAGACUAUACUGCAAAAACGGCUUAUAGGCAAACGAGGCGUAGCGUGCGAGUCAAAUUCUAAUUUCAAAGCCGCUGUGAUGAAGGUACCGAUACUUAUCACCAACGUGCAUAAGGACACGGCAGAGGACGACAUUGCCAAUUACAUUCGGGACAAAACGCAUGAAAUCGUCAGGCUUCAUAAAAUUGCCAUUAAAAAACAUAAUGACUACGAUGCGUAUAAAUUUUUUGUACCACAGCACAAGUUGUCAUUGUUUUUAGAGGAUAAGCUGUGGCCCGAAGGUAUCAUAUUUAGACGCUUUGUGAAUAAUAAGCCCAGGGAAGUUACGAGUAUAAUCCCUGGAUCCGGAACUGUUCCUACAAAUACGUUAAGUUAAUGAAUAUAACGUCAAAUCAGUUUGUCAGUUAUAACUGCAAGAAUGUGAAGCGUUCUCUUGAGAGUAUUAGGGAAAUAUGCAGGUGCUCCGAUCUGGUUGCUCUUCAAGAAACUUGGUUACUACCGGGUGAAGUGUCGUAUUUAAGUAGUAUUGAUGAUGAGUUUGGUACCACGGGAACUUCGGCAGUUGACACUACCGUAGGUAUGUUACGUGGCAGGCCCUAUGGUGGCGUUGCCCUUCUGUGGCGAAAAAGCGUAUUUCGUGAUGUGUCUGUAUUAAGCUGUGACAACCCGCGUGUUUGUGCGAUUAAAAUAGUUAUUGAAAAGCGCCACAUACUGGUUGCGAGUGUAUAUAUGCCUACAGACAGGCAUAGCAACUUAGCGGAGUUCACGGAUUGUCUCGGUGCGGUGAGUGCUAUAGUGGAUAAUGCUAACUGUGAGUCUGUGUAUAUACUCGGGGAUUUGAAUGCGCAUCCUAGCGGUUUGUUUUUUACUGAGUUGUCGGAUUUCUGUAGUGAGCGCGAGUGGACUAUAGCGGAUACAGAUAUUUUGGGCUUGUCGUCGGAAACAUACACCUUCAUAAGCGAUGCUCAUGGAUCUAGACGGUGGCUAGACCAUUGUUUGGUGACUGAGACUGCACUGAAGUCUGUUAUGAAUGUGUAUGUUGACUAUAACACAGUUUGGUCCGAUCAUUUUCCGUUAUGUUUACGAAUUAAUUUAGGUGUUAUUAGACAGAAAAAUGAUCCUAAUACAUUUGAUUGUAAUAAUCUUAAGGUUAAAUGGGGGCACAGAAAUGCGCAUCAGAUUAGCCAUUAUACAAUGCUUUGUAAUGAUUUAUUAAAUUCAAUUGACUUUCCACAUGAAAUGAGUGAAUGUUGUAGGUCAAAU